UAUCGUACUGAUUAUGUGAAAACAAUAUUUAAAUUAUGGACAGGAAAGUGAAUAUUCCAAACUACCCGAACGUUUGUCGGGUAUGCUUUGUGGAAACUAUCGAAAAUGAAUCAAUACUGGCCAAGGCUCAAAUUGUGGAUGGUGUUCACAGUUUGUGGACUACACUUUCCAACCUAUGCUCUUUGGACCAUCCGGAAGAGCACACCAACGAAGAUGACCUCCCACAGCAGAUGUGUCCUACCUGUGCUAAGCAAAUCGAGACGUUCCAAACAUUUCGCUUCGAAACAAUUGCAAAUCAACAAUUUCUGAAAGCAUGGACCGCAUACAGAUUCGGAGCAGACACUGUCCCAUUGACGAAGCUGUUGCGUGAUCAAACAAAGUUUCAUCCCACAAUCCGAAAAACGUUGCAUCGACUUAAGGUCAUUGAAAGCGAAGACGCACCGUUGGAAGACUUGAUCACAGACUCCAGACUUGAUCCAGAAAUAAUCGAGAAGGUGGAAGUGAAAGUUGAGCCGGAAGACAUCGAAAAUCCAUUGCUGGGUCCCCGCUGUGAUAGGAAUGGAGACGAGGACAUAAGUGUGGAAUAUGAGGAGCAAGACGACGACAAUGUGGAACAACUUCCCGAUGAACUUCUGCUGGAACAAGAUAACAGUUUGGAAGACGUGCUUUCCAAAAAGCGAAAACGAAGUUUCGACAGAGUAAAAAUCGUCGAUGGAGUUCGAACUCGACCGUGCUAUCUGGACAACUGCGAGCCGGUGCCAGUGGGACAAGCGGAUAGACACACACGGGAGAACCACCGUGCCUACUGCAGGUUUUGUGGUUUGGUGUUUUUGACCUACGCGCAAGCUGUGCAUCACCUGGCGAUCCACAAGAACGACAAAGAUCGGCUCCGGUGUGAGGUUUGCGAGAAACCGUUUUGGCGAGAAUUUGACCUUAAUCUUCAUAUGCGAGAAUUCCACGGCAUCGACGUUCCAACGCACGAGUGUCCGGUCUGUGGAGAACGUUUCGGAAAAAAAAUCGAUUUGCUGGAGCACCGAGCCACGCACACGAAAUGCAAAUUUUGCGCCAAGAAGUUCAAAACCUAUCGAACCAUGCUGGAUCACAUGAAGAAAGAGCACCGCGAGGGGCUGAUUCCGUGCGAUAUCUGUAAGACAGUAUUUCUUGGCUCCAGAGAGCUUGAAAUGCACGCCAGAAGACAUCGCGAUGGAAGGAUGGAGAACAGCAUUCAAUUCUCUCUGAAAAAUUGGACCGUAGCGCAGUGUAAUACCUGCGAAAGAGAUUUUUAUAAUCACGAAUAUAGGAGAAUUCACAUAGAAAAUGAUCAUAAGGAAGGUCUCUCAGAAAAGCCAAUCAGAAUUACGAACUAUAAAAGGCGCACCGAAGAGGAGUUGGCUCGGUUGGAGUACACAUUCCAAUGCGACGAUUGCCCUGCGCGGUUUCGGUUGAAGACUUCUCUGAAGGGUCACUGGAGGAAGAACCACAGCGGACAGAAGUUUAUCUGCGAGCACUGUGGGGCGUGUUUCAAGGGGAGAACCGAGAUGAACAGGCAUGCUCAGUAUAUGCACACCAAGGACACGCCAUUUUCGUGUGAAUUUUGCGAUAAGCGCUGCAUCACCAAAAACGAUCUGAAGAUCCACAGGAGAAGCCAUACAAACGAGAAACCGUACAAAUGUUGGUUCGAAGGGUGCGAUAAGGCAUACAAAACGCGAUCGGAAGUGACGACACACUUCCGGGUGCAUACGGGCGAGAGGCCGUAUAAAUGUGCAUACGAGGGCUGCGACAAGUCGUACUCGUAUAGCCAACAGCUGAAGAUACACAAUCGCUACCAUACACUAGAGAAACCGUUCAAAUGUUGGUACUGCGAAUUGUACUUCAAUUCGACCAAUAACCGACGAAAGCACUGUCGGCGGCACCACGUCGGAAUGCCGAUAGGAAGGGAACUGGAAAGGUUGAAUCAGCAGCCGAAUGCUACGGGAAGCAGCGUUAAUGAAGAGCCGAUGGAGGUUGCAGAGAGUUCGGAAGAGAGUCGGGUUGUUGAGCCGGUUAAAAUUGAAAUGAAGGAUUGACGGUUGAGGAAAAAAUAUCAAAGGGAUGGCUGUAGGUGGAAAUAAAUGGUGGA